AUGAAAAAACUGAAAGUAGACCAAACUACAACAUUGUUGUACCAAGUUAUUAUGAAGGCAAUGAAUUCAUCAAGUAGGCCUACAGGUGGCUGGAGCCAAGGACUCUUGGCUGCUAUGAACAAUCCUGAAGUAGUCAUCGAUUCAGAUGAUCAGUUAGUUGUCAUUAAAGAUAAAUAUCCUAAGGUAGGUAACGGUAAGGUAGCCUGGCAAUGAUUCUGAAUUAUUGAAUCAUCACUCUAAAACUCAUCAAUCAAUGCCGCAAAAAAAAAAAAAAAAAAAAAUAAAAGCCAAAAUAACUGUGGCAAAAAAAGACAAAGCAAAAAAUAAACGGAAAAAAAAACAAAUUAGUUGUAAUUAAAGAUAAAUAUCCUAAGGUAGGAAACGGUAAGGUAGCCUGGCAAUGAUUUUGAAUUAUUGAAUCAUCACUCAAAAACCCAUCAAUCAAGGCCGCAAAAAAAAAAAAAAAAAAAAUUCAAUGCCACAGUCACUGUGGCAAAAAAUGGCAACGGCAAUAAUGAAUGGUAAAAAAAACAACAACCCAUCAAUGGCAUUCAAAUGGCAGCUUAUCAAACUGGGUUGGUUAGACUAGUUAAGUAAAGUGGGUGGGCUGAGUAGUAAUAGUAGCCACAUCAUCAGUUUUACAAGUCAAAUCACACUUGAUUUAGACUUUUGGACGACUUGGACUUGACUCAAUGUGGCCAAUCAACCUCAUUUUAACUAUAUUCGCAAUUUUAAUUUAGACAACCAAAUAUAAAAAGCCAUGAAAUUUUAUCACAGAUGUCGGUAAUGUAUUAUAAUUAUAUAGGUACUGGGGUACCGGUACUACGAUACUCAUUGAAGUCAUUGGUGCAUCCGUUCUGGACAUGUCGAAAAAUGGGGCCAACAUUUUAUGGCAAUAUAAAAUUCGGCUUGGUGACAAUAUAGUUUUUUUGCAUUUUAUGUCACAGUUUUCUAAUAAUAAAUUAUUUUGUCAUCACUGACUUAGAGUACAUAUUUUUCCAAACAUGGGGAUAUCGUUUUUGCAGUAUGGUAGAUUUUGUGACUGGCAGUGCAUUUACUCUGAUACAUCAAUUUAAACUUAAUAGCUUAUAAUUUGUUAAUAUAAAAUCGCGAGAAACAGUGCUGUACCGCUCUACUGCUUCACUCGUUUACAAAAGGGAAUAAUUUUAUUUUCCCCUUUCCACAAAAAGUAAUGCUGGAAGGUGUAAGAAAAUGAAAACAGGAAAUGUCAGUUGUCACCAGUCAUCCCCACUCUAAAAAAAUUGGUUUGUCGGAAAUGGCUCUUCUUAUCUAUUCAAAUUCAAUAUAAAGAUAUAAAAAGAUUUUCAUUAUUGUUCAUCUUUAAAAAUCAGUGGAACACUAAUAAAUUAAUGAAUGGAAAACAGUUUUACAAUAUUGUUACUUUAGAAAUUAAUACAGUUUAAUACAGUACAAUAAAUUAAAAGUUUUCAUUAAUUUUAGUUUGUGUAGGAGCUCAUUAAUUUAUGAAGAAGAGAUUCUGGAAUUCAUUAACAAGACAACAAAGUCUAGAACAGUCUACUCUUAUUAAUAUUGUAAAUUAUCAUUUUUAAUAUCAUACAGUACAUUGCAUUUGUAAAUUUUUUUAAGACUUGUUAUUGAUUUAAAAUUUAAAUGAAUUACAUUUAAUUAAAAUACAAUGAACAUGUUAUUUUUUAAAUUUACGGUACUAAAAAGAGGUGUUUUUUUUCCAAUUUUUCUUUUCAGGAUUUUUUAACAAUGGUACCCUCAAAUAAAAUGAUCAAAAAUAAAAAGUCUUGACGUUAUGUAAAAGUUUUUUUGUUCAUUGUGUUUUAUAUUUAUAUUGUAGUGAGAAUGUCUCCUGAAAAUUCGGUAGCAUUAUCAUUUCAAAUAAAAAAAGUUGUGGGCAAAAUAAGACAGAUUUUCAGAAUGUUGGAAAGUUGGUCACAAGUUUUUGCUGUUCUUCUUCUUCUAUAUAUUAAGGGCCCAUGAUCAAUUUAUUGAUCAUUUUGGCUCCUAUGCAUGUAGAGGGGAUUUGCAAUGUUUCUGUGCCUGGUGUUGAUGAGGAUAUUUCACUGGUUGCAAGGGCUACUUUGUGAGGGUAUCAUGCACUGGGGGUUGGAAGGCCUGAGGCAAUAGAUGCAAAUGAGUCAAGUGUUGUCGCCUCAAUUGUUCCUUUUGAAAGCUUGUUCCAGUCCCUGGUUGUCUUUGGCAGGAAUGAGCAGUUCCUAUACUGGCUUCUCGCUUGUAUGAGCUGGAAUUGGCUGUCAUGGCCUCGUUGCUGUCUGUGGGGGAGAGUGACGAGUUUCUGUUUAAUGCUGGAGCCGUGAACCAGCCCAUUAUUUAUCUUGUACAUCAUGGAGAGCCUGGAUAUUCGUCGUUGUUCCUCCAAUGGUGACCAGCCUAGUGUUUCCUGCAUGCUACCAACACUAGAGGUAUUUCUGUAGUAGUUCAGGACAAAGCGUGCUGCCCGUCGCUAGACCGCCUCCAACCUGUCGAUGACCUUCUGGGUAAAUGGGUCCCAGAUGAAUAUACAUAGUCUAAAACUGGACGAACAAAGGCUUUAUAGGCUCUUUCUUUCACACUAGAGUUGCCAAUCUUUAGAUUACGCCUUAAGCACCCCAGGGUCUUGUUUGCCUGGUUGCACACAUUGUUAAUAUGCUCGUCCCAGCGGACCUCUCUUUGAAUGGUAUCACCUAGGUACUUUAUGGAGGAAACUGGCUCAAGUAUAUGGCCAUGCAGUUCGUAUUGGUUGUGUAGAGGAGUACAACUUCUAGAGACAUAGAAAGAUAAAUAAAGGGGUUUAAAAAAUUAACCAAAAAAAUUCAUAACUCCACUUCCAUAAAAGCUAGAAAGAUGAAAUUGAUGCUUUAUAAAGCUUAUAGCUAGUCCUUUAAAAUGAUGUAUCAUUUAUGUUAGGAUAAAUUUACAAUUUCUGUCAAAGUACCUUCUGUAUAUCACUAUUCUCAGACAUUUUUAUCAUUGGUGCCUGAUUUUCAAAUCAUAGUUCAUAUUUUACCUAAUCAAUAUAUGAUCAUGUUUACUAAAUAAUAAUCCACUAAUUAUAUUUUCAUUGAUGAAAUUAAAUGACUAUGUCGUCUUUGUCUCUUGCAUCUUUCUUUUUCUUUGUUGCCCUUUCAAUUACCAUUCGAGUGUGACUUAUUCGUCUCAACAUUCUCUCCAGAAUUUCUAUGGCAACAAUAAUUAUCUGCUAAUAAGUAAUCUCAUAAAUUAGCAUUGUAAAUUAAAAUUAAAGGUAUGAGCAUAAUACCAGUGAUCUUAUGAUAGCAUAUUUAAUUACCAGUAUCUAUUUGUUAAUUGUAUCUAUCCUUAUUAUCAAGAACACUAAAAUCACAUGAUCGGUAAGAUUAUCAAAAUGCCAUAAUAUUCCAAUAAUUAUUUAGAAAUAUUUAAGUUUUUAAAUGAUUUUAUUUUUAAAAUUUGCAAUAAAUAAAUGAGUUACUAAUUACUUUUGUUACCCUGAUGUUGAAGUGUUUAUAAAUCACAGAGUAGGUCUCCAAUUAGACACUGUUAUAAGAACUGGAUUUGUGAGGCGUGAUUGUUGUACCCGGUAUAUGAAAGUUAUUAAUCGUGAGCUGGUGACAGGUUUUGUGAGGUCGAGUUGUGAUUGGUCAGGUUAUGCAAGGUCAAAUGGUGGAUUUCAGUUUAUGGAGUUAUUAGUGACAGUGUUAGGCUAGAAUGUUUGGUUAACAUUGUAGUGUGUAAGGUGCAAGUCUUCGUUGGUCAGUGCAGUGAGGAUUUUAAUAAUAUAGGGGAUGUUUGUGAACUGCCCAGCUGCUGUGAUAGAUCCUGUAAAUACAGAACUUUCAUUGGACGUUGUUGUGCUGCUCUUAAGUGCAAAUGGGGCAGUGUUGUAGUGAAGUUAGACAGCAUGCCAGUGAUAAUAAAGAGGGUCCUAACAGAUCCCAAAUGUUACAGUUAAUGACAAAUGGCUAAAUGUUUUUUGUUUUAGUACAAUUUAUUAUUAUUUAUUUUUUAGAUACCCUGGUACAGUAAGACUGAGAGUAUCUAGUGUUUGGAAAAUAAAAUUCCUCAUAUUAUAUUGAAAUAAGUUGAUAAUUUUUUUUUAAAUAUAAGAAUUGGUAAUUGAUUAUAAUAUGAUCAAAUAAGAUUUUACACAGCUAUUGUUAUUUGUUUGGGUUGCUUGCUGCAAGCUGCUGAUGUAUUUUUGUUACAUUUUAACAGGCCUUAUUCCAUUUUCUUGUAUUGCCGAAAAGAAAUAUACCAAACUUGAAGAGUCUCACUCAGAAGGACCUUGAACUCUUAAAGCACAUACACAAGAAAGGUGAAGAAAUUGCUAAUAGGUAAACAAAAAUUGAUUAUUCAUUAUUUAAUGAUGUUGGGUCCAUAGAAAAGAAUGCUGCAGCUUUCAACGAUUGAGAUGUUGGACUUGGUCUUAAAAGGGCUCAGAAAAAAUAUAAUUUGAAGUAUCAUUGAUCAGUCUUUUUAGCCUUAGUUUUAAAAAGAGAUCCUUUAUGUAAUCUAGACAAAAUAUCUAUAAUUUACAAUUUUGUAUUUCAUAGAUAAAAUGUAUUUUUAAAAAUGAUAUGGUCUUAAAUAUAAAUAGCUUUUAUUUCAUAAAACAGAGCCAACAAGGAACUAAGAUUUCGACUCGGAUAUCAUGCAGUUCCAAGUAUGAGGUAAGCAAAAAAUUAAUUAAGAACAUUUGAAAUUAAGAUGAGGUACAAAUAAUUUGUAAACAGUAAUAGUAGACCCAGACACAGAAAUGGUAUUUUGUUUUUUUCUAAACCCUCAAAAGAUAAGUCGCACAAUAGUGGCUUCUAUUAUCUAAAUUUAUGAGGCAGUUAUUUUUCUUAAGAUGUUAUAUCUUGAAACAUUUGAUGAACACAUUGAUGAUGAUCAAGACAGUCUUGUCAACAAAUAUAACAUUUUUAUAAACUAUAGGUAAACAUUAACAUAAACAUUUUUAUUCAUGCUUUAUUGGCAGAUGCAUUCCAAGUUUACCCACACAUUUUGAAAAAUGGAUUGAUAAGGACCAAUGAUAUGGAGUACAUAAAUCUCAUUAGGUUUCUCCUGCAUAUCUAAUUUUUAUAUUAUUUUCUUCCAGUCACCUACAUAUGCAUGUGAUAAGCCAAGACUUUAACAGCCCCUGUCUGAAGAAUAAGAAACAUUGGAACUCAUUUAAUACACAUUAUUUUAUAGACUCAGUAGGUUGGUGUCAUGGGUAAAUAUGGUGUAUGGACACUUAAAUAUAUACAGACAGUGGUAUCACAGCACAUUUGAACCAUUAUCUGAGUCACAACAAUUUUGCAUGGGUAAAUAGUAAAUAACAAGGUGAAAUGCACUCAUUAACCUCAGCUGCAAUCUCUGAUGACAGCAGCCAACUUGAUAUAAAAUUUUAAAAUAUAAAACUGUCUAAGCUGUUCGACUUACACAAAAAUCAGGCUCAAUAAAAAUAGGAACCCUUCCUACUGACACUACCUGCAAGCUUUAAAACAAAACUCAUACUGCCCAUAAAGAAGGAUUUGCUCAGCCUUCAGAAGAAAAUUUACACAAACUAGUAGUAUCGGGUAAACCACUUUUGGGGUUUGUUUUUUUUUUACUGAUAUUUCCCCUAAAAAUGUCAUGGGAGCUAAGCUAGUUGUUUCAUGGUUUUAUUGUCAUGUUGGUCUUUGAGGCAAACCGUAGAUUAAAUAAGACAAAGGUAGAUAUAAUUUUGGCUCACCACUUGUUCCACUUGAAUUUGAAGCUAGCCAUGUGAAUUUAUUUUAAAUCUCACCCCACUCCCUAAAUAAUUAUUCUAUUAUUAGUCCAGGCCAUCCACCACAUCAUGCUGCUUUGAGACAAAGAAAAUACAAUUUGAAUUUUGAUUGUAAGAAUUGGAUUUAUCUAAUUUAUAUACCGGUAGGGUUUUUUUUUAAUAGUAUAUUGUGAAGGAAAUACAUUAGAUAACAUUGUCCUUUGAUUGCAGAUUUGAUCAGAGAAAUUGAGAAGACUGGACAUUGGAAGUCUGAUCAGGCAGAGAUGAAUGCAUUUCUUAAAAAAGAUCUCAGGUAGUAAAGGAUGUAUUUCAUUUCUGUGAUGUAGUACCUGUUGCUGUUCACUUUCUCUGAUAUUAUGUAGUACCAACACCAUACACUUACACAUAUGGUGUGACUGUCACUUUCACAUGUUAUAUGUGUCACUAAAUAUUUCUCGAAAUUGGUACUUUAACACAGUCAUGCUUGUUCACACAAAACUCAUGAUUUUUUGCACAUGAGACUGGGUGAAGUAUUAUUUAAGAAAAGCAUGAGGUUAAGGACUUAUUUUAUUGGCAGGAGAAUAAUUCAUGAGAUUGAGUGAGAGAAUGGAGCAGAUAUCUUGGAUCAGAGGGCAUGCACAUAUUAAUUGUAAAUGUUUAAAAAGUAAUCUCAUAUGGUUUGGAGCUACAUAUCCUUUUAUUUUGCUAAUAUUGAUAUUAUUAUUAUUUCAAGGAUUAUUCAUUGUGUUUCAUGGAAAUAAAAAUAAAGUCCAUAGUAGCAUAGUUUGGAAAAUUGGACUUGACAUUUGAUUGUGAAGAAGUGGCAGUAAGAGUUGACACUUGAUUUAACAAUUUAGAUACCUAUAGAUAACGAUCAACACUGGAGCCACACAUGGGAUGAACAGUUACAAGCACCCCCACUAUACACAUAUAUCAAGUAGUAACUAACUGUCAUUGUACAUAUUACUCAUUGUGUAUAUGUCACUGUAGGCUCUAUCAUUAAUAUAUGUUACUGGUACUGUUACUGUACAGUAUCUUAUGUACCACCUGUCACUGUACACUUCUCUCAUUUCUUUAUGUCUCUGUAAUUUCCCUCAUAUUACUGUGCUUUUUACUUUACACAGAUGUUAAUAUUUUUCAGGUGCCAUGUAUGUAAGGAAGUGUUCCAAACAAUACCCUCACUCAAAGCUCACAUUAGUCUUCAUGAUGUUACAAAACACCAUGAUUCAUCCAGCUCAUGAUGUUUAACUCACUAUGAUUCAUGAUUCAUCCAGCUUACGAUGUUACAACACAACAGGAUUUAUCCAGCUCAGGAUGUUACGACACACUAUGAUUCAUCAAGCUCAUGAUUUUAAAACACACCAAGAUUCAUCCACCUACUGAUCUUCAAACUCAGCCACAUUAAUCUACCAUAGAUCAACCGGGAUCUGGGGAAUACAGCAUUAUUAGACACUCGUGCUACAGUGUCAUUACAAGUUAAUGAGCCUCCAUUUUAACAGCAUACAUGUUACAAUACAUUGUGAUGGGACUGAAUUUGAUUUAUGUAUUUUAAUCCCAUAAAUUACACUAUGUUAUAAUAUUGAGUCAAUUUUUUCAGAGUUUCAGUAUCUUAUAAUUACCGGUAUAAUAUAGUAAAGAAAAUUAUACCUUGCAUCUUUUAAUCCUUAAAAUUGCAUUCUUUUCAUUUAUAUAGAGAAAAAUUUGCUGCUGGGGAGGGGACCUCCCCCUCCCCUCCCAACCUCCUUCAACACUGCAUACAGACAUGUAGGCCUAUACGUUUGAAAACCUUGUUACCUAAAAAAAACUUAAGUUUAAGUGAAUUAGUGUUUGUAGCUUUUGAAAAAGGCAAUAGAAUUGUAGACAAAAUGUUACAACUCCAACAAAGUUACAGGUACACAUUUAAGUUUUCUGCCCAUUUUUCACAAUUUAGAGUAUCUGAAAAAACCAACGAAAGCUUUGCAAGCACGGAAGACAAGAUUAAAAAGAAUAAACAAGGAUUGUAAGUUUAACGAAAAUCCAGGCUAAGGUAACCGUACUGCUAUUGGUCCCUGAUAUCCAGGUAUAGUCCCCCAAAACAAGGCUCCUGGUUUCUGCAUUAUUUUUUAAAUGCCUAGCAAUGUUUACCUUAAGGCUCAUGAUAAUGCCUUAUGACAUGCGUCAAUUUCAACUCAAAAAAAAAAUAAUAAUUACUUUACAGAUUUACAAUAUUUCAUCAAUACAAAGAUAAUCGCCUCCUUCUAAUCUGUUUCUGUAAUUACUGUCUAAUAUCUAUCAAUGACACAGCAUGAUGUGUUUAGAAAUUAAAAUGAGUUGGAGAUGUUGACAUAUUUUACACUUAAAUUAUUUUGACAUUGGUACACAUAAAACAACUAUUAAAGGCCAGGGUAAUUUAUUUCCUGUUUUUUUUUAUAGCUCUGUCCUCUUAUUAGUAGAAGACCAUUGGUCACUGAUGAGUGGUGCCAGGACACUCAAUGGGCUAUUUCCAAUGAAAUUUCAAACCACAAUCAUAGUCAUAAUAUGAUGUAUUUCUCAGAAAAAUGUUGAACACUGAGGUUAUUUCAAUUUUUUGUUAAUGUUGGUGGUAGGUUUAGGAUUUCUUUUUCUUCAGGAAACGAUGUUUUUACCAAUCCUGGUUAAGAGAAGCCCCCCACCCCCUUUUUUUGUUUUUGGUCGCUUAAGCUUAACUCCGCACUUUGUUGCUUUUUUUAAUGUACAAAAAUAAAUAAAU